GUCGAAGCAACAUAAGCUACUGCUAUUGUAUUCCUCUGGACAUAAACGCAUUGCACUUCGAAUGAGUUACUUGUCCUGCGUGAUUACCACCAGACUCACUACUAAUUGUUGAACCAUACUAUUGUGAUUGGCUCUUACACAUCUCUACUGCACUUGUCUCAAUUUCCUUGCGUUCAAAAAGAUACCCCUCUUGCUUUCUCAAACUUGGCACGUGAAUGCCUUCGUAGGCGCCCUACUCAAGAUCAAGAAAAACCAUCCAUAGAGCUAUAUCACCUAUCAAGAGAACUACCAGUCACUACAAAAUGCCUAUCACAGGAGUCUACUUCAUCCCCUCGAACCCAAAUGCAUCCACAGGGCUAGCGACUAUCACAGAGCGCCUACACACAGCCCUAGCAGACGAGCCAACAUUAGUAGGCCGUUGGUUCCUCGAACACAGACUAAUGCGCGAUACUCCAUCAUGUGUUCCUGCCUCAGCAUCCCAGCGCCAGGUGCAACCGCGCUAUAUGCAAUUCCUAUCACUGUCUUUUCACUCUAACCACGGCUUCAUCUACACCUCUGAAGCACUAGAAAAAAGCACUCAUCAUUCCACCACCAGUGUUAACACCACGCCAGCUGGCUCACCCACCAAUCCUACUGCCCAAAGUGGAGCUCCAGGCGCAACAGCGCCCACCCCUUCCACCCCAUCUAAUGCUGAUGCACAGUCAGGAGGACCAAUGGUGAUGACCACCGUGCCGCUUCCAUCCUGUAAUGCACUUUUCCAGCACUUCGGCUACGCCUGCCAGCCUUUCUGGUGCCAUCGACACACGGUAACCGUACCAGGCGGUGUGGUCUACGAUGUGGGCGAUUUCCGAGUCCGAGUGGGUGAUGUACGACAGACUCAGCCAGCAGCGAGGGUGCGCGGAACAGUUGUGGAAAUUGAAUGGCGGGGUCCGUGCAUAGUUGAUGCGAUUUCAGCACCACGGAAUUCGAGCGACGGACAAAUAGCUGAUGAUGGCGACUCCGGGAUUGAUAUGGCGUUCCCGGAUGCUAUUGAAGACGCGGAUAUUGAUGCAGAGUAUGCGGCUAGUGCGGCGUUGAUUAGGGAGUUCUGGGCGAGACUCGGCAUUGAAGGAGCCAGAGAAGCUAUUUUGUUGCCGGAUGUAGGCAAGGAAGCCAAGGAUCGGUUGAGGAGAUUGAAGCAGAAGGGCCGAAAUACUGUUUCUAACGAGGCGAGUCUACAGCAAGCGGAGGAGGAUCCGGAUCCGGAUGCGGGUGUGGAUGUGGCGAGGCAGUUUAUGGAGAUUUUUAGGUUUAAUCGGUAAAGAUAGCAGACCUCGAUAAUGAGAUGCAU